AUGGUCUACCUACUCCAUGCUCAACUAUUUUUGCUGACCACCGUCAUAUUUGUUCUGAACCUGAGCCAUUACGCUAUGCUAGGUCACAUUCCAGGUGGCAUAGAGAAAUCUAAUAUGGAGGAGUAUGGGGCCCCAGAUGCACUGGACUUUGCUGUCAGCCAGUACAAUGAUAGAAACAAUGACCUGUACCUGAGCCGUGUAAUGGAAGUGAAGAGUGUCCAAAGUCAGGUGGUGGCUGGUAAGAAAUUUUUAUUUGAUGUGAUCCUAGGCAAAACUACAUGUUUGAAGACCCAGGAUGACUUGACCAACUCUCCCUUAAAUGAAGAGUCUAAUCAGCAGGAGAAUAAAUUCUGCUCUUUUGAGGUCUAUUAUAUCCCCUGGGAGAGUUAUAAGGCUCUGAUGAGCUCCAGCUGUCACAGUAUAUAA